AUGACCAUGAAAAGAAAACGAACAUCAAUAGUUUGUGACGUCGAGAAGAGUAAUUUGAAUGAAGAACUGAUUCAAAUGUCUGGUUCCACCAUAUUCGAUCUUCCAGACCAAAUCAUUGUUGAGAUUUUCUUUAGUCUCACCACCAAAAGCAUUGUUUUCUGCAAAUCCGUCUGCAAGAAAUGGCGCAAUCUGAUCUCGGAACCUCAAUUCGCUGAGUUACACUUUGCUCAGGCAAAGCCCCAAUUCUUGUUCCGAACUCUGGAUUCCAUUCGAAUUUCGAGAACUCUGUACUUGGUUGAACCAGAUGAUCAGGAUGGCCCUGGUUUCGAAUCCGAUCUUGAUCUCUGCAUGCCUUCAUUUGAAGAGUACGGUUGCCGUUAUCGUCGCAUGAAACUUAAUGCCAAAUUGAAGAUCCCACUACGCAAUGCCGAAAGUGUGCUAAAAAACCAGGAUGAUCCUAACACGAAGAAGAAGAAGAAGAAGCGUUGCCUUAAUUUGAAGCCGAAGGAUCACAAAUUCAAGAUUGUGAACUCUUGCAAUGGUUUGCUUUGCUUGUCCGAGCCAUUGCGCAAUGAUCCUGUUGCAUUGUGCAAUCCAGUAACUGGAGAGUUCAUGAACCUCCCGCCGGGUAGUUGUGAUGAUGAAGAUCUUACCGAAGUCAUUGACUGUGGAUUUGGAUUCAGUCCAAAGAGUAAUCAAUACAAAGUCUUAAGAGUUUUUAAACGAAUCUAUUAUGUUAAACGCCCGGAGCACCAUUACGAUACCUCUUUCAACUUCACUAACACAUACGCAGUGGUACAUACUCUUGGUACAGAUUCAUGGCGUAGUGUUGAUUAUGCUCCUCAGACAAAGUUCAAGCUAGGAUUUCCUACCUAUCUUGAUGGCGCUCUAUAUGGGCUUUAUGUUGACCAUGGAAGACCAAAUUAUAUAAUUUCUUUUAAUUUCGACGACGAGAAAUUUGAGCAACUCGAUGUUCCACCUGAAUGUGAAAAGACAUGGAUAACAGAUAUCACCAUGGGAGUUUUAAGGGGUAAUCUUUGCGUGUGCGAUAGAUCUGAUCUUUCCGUGGAUAUUUGGACACUGCAAAGCUUUAGCACUGUUAGAAAAGCUUGGAGUAAAUUGAUUACUGUGCACUGUGAUUGGCCAUAUGGUUUAUAUCAACCUAUUCACGGGUUCAAUUCUGGAGCUCUUUUGAUAUUUCGUAACGAUACGAGUGAACUGAUGUACUCUAACCCAGAUGGCUUCGAACCCAAAUGCAUUCACCUUUGUGGCCUUAAAACGAGGUACGAAACCAUAGUUCACAUUCCUAGCUUUAUGUCACUCAGGGACAUCGUGGCGGGGAAUAGUAAUGUUGAGAUACUCAAUGUCAAUACAAGAUGUGGGAGCUUAAAACUGCCAGGAGAGACUAAAGAUCUCAUUUUGAAGGGGCCAGUUUUUGAAGACGCACUGGACAGCGAUUCUUUCGAAAUUGAAGAAGACUAUUGGACCAAUUACUGGUGGAAAAAGAAGAAGGUGAGGAACUGA